AUGGCAACAUAUCAAACAGAGCUUGAUUUGUUCAAGAACGAAGUCGAGCAGAAACAACCUAAUGAUUUUUUGCAGUUUGCUGCGAACUAUUUUACCAAGAGGCUUGAACAACAGCGUACUUUUGUGAGGAAUCAGGAGUCUUUGGCUUUAAGUAAAGGGAUAGUGUUAUUUCCUAGCACUUCGAAGCAUGAUUCAGUAGCAGCUUCUUCUGCCUCUUUAUCACAUGGAAGCAGCAAAGCCAAUGCUUCACAGUCAGGUAUAAGUUCAAGCGGUGUCGAUGAAGAUGUUUUGUUUAAAUCACCUUUUGUUGACCGUGGCCCACAUUCUACACAUAUUGUUGACCACUUGGACUCAACUCAUUCUAACACAACUGCAUCUCCUGCAAAAGCAAGUGGCGGUGAUGCUCCAGGUAUAUUCAAGGGUAACUUCAACGUUGGCACGGAAUCUCAACGCAAAGUCAACUCAUCAGUGGAUCCCAUGGCCCCAGAACCAACAGCCACGACCCACAGCUUUCCAAGAAGAUCCGUGGUGAACCCUAAACCUUUGCCAAUCAACUUCAACGCUCAAAGACGUACUUCAGUAAGUGGAGAAACGUUGCAACCAGAUCAUUUGGAUGACUGGAAACCAGAAAACUUCCAAGAGAAAUCCCCUGAACAAGUUAGUAGGUUAGAGAAAGCUGUGGGUAAGAACUUCUUGUUCAAUAAACUAGACUCUGAUUCAAAGAAGCUCGUUAUCAACUCGUUGGAAGAAAAAUCAAUUCCUCAAGGUAAAGAAAUCAUCAAGCAAGGUGAUGAAGGUGAUUAUUUCUACAUUGUAGAAGACGGUACUGUGGAAUUUUACGUUAAUAAUCAAAAGGUCAAUACCUCUGGACCAGGUUCCUCAUUUGGUGAAUUGGCAUUGAUGUACAACAGUCCAAGAGCAGCUACAGUUAUUGCUUCCACAGACUGUAUACUAUGGGCUUUAGAUAGGUUAACGUUCAGGAGAAUUCUACUGGGAGGAUCUUUCAAGAAGAGAAUCUUGUAUGACGACCUAUUGAAGAAUAUCCCUAUUCUAAAGUCUUUGUCGACUUAUGACCGUGCCAAGCUAGCUGAUGCAUUAGAUACAGAAUACUAUGAAGCAGGUCAAACAAUAAUCAAAGAAGGUGAUACCGGUGAAAAUUUCUACUUCAUCGAAUACGGUGAAGCUGACGUCUCACAAGAAGGCAAAGGUGUCAUAACAAAGCUUGGCAAGGGUGAUUACUUCGGUGAAGUAGCUCUCUUGAAUGACUUACCAAGACAAGCGACUGUGACUGCCACUGCUAGAACUAAGGUUGCAACAUUAGGUAAGAGUGGUUUCCAAAGGUUAUUGGGACCUGUUGUGGAUGUUUUGAAACUUAAUGACCCCACUAGAUCGAAACAUUAA